AGUUGAGUUCAGUAGGUGGUAUUAGUGAACCACAAUAGUCCACGAGAAAAAAAAAAGAAAAGGAUCCCCACUUUGUUUGGUAAAUCCUAUUUCCCUUCAUAAUGUUAGGUAAAGGCAAUAAAAUUGGCAAAAAAAAGGUUUGAAUGAGAAAGAGUAAAAAUACACCGCGUCACUUUCCUAUAAAAGGGAAAUAAAAUGUGAGGGGACUAAAGAGAAAGAAAGAAAAACAAGAGUUCAAGGUUCAGAGCACAACAACAGCCCUAACGAUGGAGGUGGCAAGGGUCCAAGCAAUAGCAUCAACAACAAAAUGCAUGGACACAAUUCCAUCGGAAUAUAUUCGUUCAGAGAACGAACAACCUGCAGCGACAACGCUGCAGGGAGUGGUUCUUGAGGUGCCAGUCAUCGACAUAAGUGAUAUUGUCGAUGAAGAAAAAGUAGUGAAAGAGAUUAGGGAGGCUAGCAAAGAGUGGGGUAUUUUUCAAGUGAUAAAUCACGGGAUUCCUGAUGAAUUGAUUGCGAAUUUACAGAAAGUUGGGAAGGAGUUCUUUGAGGAAGUGCCACAAGAGGAAAAAGAGUUGAUUGCAAAGAAUCCAGGGUCGCAAUGUAUAGAAGGGUAUGGGACUUCUUUGCAGAAGGAAGUUGAAGGCAAAAAAGGUUGGGUUGAUCAUUUGUUUCAUAAGAUUUGGCCUCCUUCAGUCAUCAACUAUCGUUAUUGGCCUAAAAACCCUCCUUCCUACAGGGAAGCAAAUGAAGAAUACGCAAAGAGGCUGCGAGAAGUUGUAGAUAGGAUCUUUAGGAGCUUGUCACUUGGGCUUGGUUUGGAAGGCCAUGAAAUGAUGGAGGCAGCUGGUAGUGAAGACAUAGUUUACUUGUUAAAGAUCAAUUAUUAUCCACCAUGCCCACGGCCCGAUUUGGCUCUUGGAGUUGUGGCCCAUACAGAUAUGUCGUAUAUCACCCUUCUUGUCCCAAAUGAAGUCCAAGGCCUCCAAGUGUUUAAGGAUGGCCAUUGGUAUGAUGUCAACUACAUACCAAAUGCCAUAAUUGUCCACAUUGGUGACCAAGUUGAGAUUCUUAGCAAUGGAAAAUAUAAGAGUGUGUAUCAUAGGACAACAGUUAACAAGGACAAGACAAGAAUGUCUUGGCCUGUUUUCUUGGAGCCUCCAUCAGAGCAUGAAGUUGGGCCAAUCCCUAAGCUGAUUAAUGAGGCCAACCCACCCAAAUUCAAGACCAAGAAGUACAAGGAUUACGUCUAUUGUAAACUUAACAAACUUCCUCAGUGAAGAAUUAUGUAUCCAUGUCCUAAUUAGCUUGUACUUCAUCAGUGACAUAUUUUAUUACACUUGAGAACUUUGUGUUUAAUUUUAAGCUGUUCGAAACAAGCUAAUGAUGAUGACAUGUUAAUACAUACGCGUAGAUAUUUCCUUU